AUGAAGAAAUAUGGGUAUCAACAAAGCAGCUCUGAUCACACCCUCUUCAUCAAACGAGAAGGCGCGAAAAGCACUUGUUUGAUAAUUUAUGUGGAUGAUAUGAUUAUUACUGGAGAUGAUGACGCCGAGAUAGAGCGACUAAAGGGACAUCUUGCAGCGGAAUUUGAAAUGAAAAAUCUGGGUGACCUCAAGUACUUUCUCGGGAUCGAAGUACUUAGGUCUGGAAAAGGGAUCUUUAUCAGUCAACGCAAGUAUAUACUGGACCUCUUGGCAGAGAUAGGAAUGUUGGACUGUAGGCCAGCAGACACUCCUAUAGUUCAGAAUCAUGGGCUUCAAAUCACAAAAGGAGCGAACCCUACUGAUCGGGGAAGAUACCAGAGACUCGUUGGGAAACUCAUCUACUUAUCCCAUACGAGACCAGACCUUGCCUAUGCGGUAGGAGUCCUCAGUCAAUUUAUGCACAUUCCUCAAGAAGAACAUUGGGAAGCAGCGCUUAGGGUGGUACGAUACUGGAAAAGAACUGCCGGACAUGGAGUGCUAUUUCGGAAAAAUGGGCACCUAGACAUCCAUGGAUAUAUUGACGCAGACUGGGCAGGGAACCUGAUGGACAGACGAUCCACUGGAGGAUACUUCACCUUUGUUGGUGGGAACUUGGUAACUUGGAGAAGUAAAAAGCAGAAGGUCGUGGCACUCUCAAGUGCCGAAGCUGAGUUCCGAGGUAUUCGAAGUGGCUUGACCGAAAUACUGUGGCUUAGAAGGUUGAUGAGAGAAUUGGACUUGGAGUCACAGAAGACUUGCAAGCUGCCAUGUGAUAAUAAAGCUGCAAUCAGCAUUUCAUAG